AUGGCUCGCUCGAAAUUGCUGUCUCUGUGGCAGCUGUCCAGGAACGCUGGUGUACUCGGUGCAGGCACUCGCAGGUUCGCAACGUCCAUUCCACGCGGAAACCUGGCCAAGCCCGGACAACUCAAAAAGGAACCGGAACCAGAACCGGCCACCAGUAACGGCAAAGGUGGAGAGAAGAAGGAAAACGGGGACAAGGAAAAGGACGGCUUCGGCCAGUCCAUCCUUGCCAACACGGCCAUAUUGGUCCUCGGAGCACUAGUCGGGACCUCUUGGGCAUCGUUCAACCUCUGCAAGGAACCGCCGGAGUUUUUAUUCCCCCAUACGUCGACACUCCCACUAGCUUCGACCCUCUCCCCGCUCUAUGGAGAUUCGAAACUCGUCAUUGAAGAAGUAAAAGGUUUUCUUAACGAAGACCAGGUCUCCGAAUCCAAGGACGAAAUUGACAACCACUCAGACAGCUUUUUCUCCACAGAUCACCCAACUCCGGAAGAACAUCCAGAUGCGGUGAUAUAUCCAGAAACAACUGAACAAGUCUCCCAGAUUAUGCAGGCAGCACACAAACACCAUGUCCCGAUUGUUCCCUUCACAGGUGGCACCUCUCUUGAAGGCCACUACAUCAGCACUCGUCGUGGUAUCUGCCUCGACAUGUCCAGAAUGAACAAGAUCGUCGCCCUCCACAAGGAGGAUUUGGACAUCAUCGUGCAACCAGGGGUCGGUUGGGAAGACUUGAGAGACUACUUGCAACCUUUAGGUCUCAUAUUCGGACCGGACCCAGGACCAGGUGCUGCAAUCGGUGGUAUGUGCGGUACUUCUUGCAGUGGCACAAACGCUGCAAGAUAUGGUACCAUGAGAGAAAAUGUGGUUUCCCUGACAGUCGUCCUUGCUGAUGGUACCAUUGUGAAAACUCGCAGAAGACCAAGAAAAACUGCUGCAGGUUACAACCUAACAAAUUUGUUUGUCGGCAGUGAAGGAACUUUGGGCAUUGUAACCGAGGCAACUCUUAAGUUGAAUGUUUUGCCUAAGUUUGAAAAUGUUGCCGUUGUCAGCUUCCCUUCAAUGUCCGAUGCAGCAGAUGCUGUCGCCAAAGUCGUACAGUCCGGGGUCCAGUUCAAUGCUAUGGAGUUAUUAGAUGCCCAAAUGAUGAAAUUUGUCAAUGUUAGCGGUAACGUUACCAAGAAGUACGAUGAAAAGCCAACCCUGAUGUUCAAGCUAGGUGGUAAUUCCGAUAAGGUAGUUAAUUCCAUCACGAAUGAUAUAAAAGACAUUUGCAAUGAGUGCAAUUGUGGUAAGAAAAACUUCAGAUUUGCAUCUUCUGAUGAGGAGAAGGAAGAACUUUGGACUGCUCGUAAAGUCGCAUUAUGGUCGACAAUUGAUGCAGGUCGUGAAGUUUACGGUGAGGAUGCACAAGUCUGGACAACAGACGUUGCAGUUCCAAUCUCUAAGUUGGUUCAAAGUUUGGUCGAUACAAGGAAAAUCUUAGACGAUGAAAAAAUGAUGUCAAGCAUUGUCUCCCAUGCCGGAGAUGGUAAUUACCACACUUUCAUCGUAUAUCCUAAAAAAGAUCAUGACAGAGUCAGGCAGGUUGUGCAGCACAUGGUUACCCGUGCACUCGAACUCGAUGGUACAGUCACUGGUGAGCAUGGUGUCGGUAUAGGUAAGAGAGAAUAUCUCAGGGAGGAAUUGGGAGAUGUCGGUGUCAACGUGAUGAGAAAACUUAAGUUUGCCCUUGAUCCUCUAUUGAUCCUCAAUCCUGAUAAAGUCAUUCAAAUCGACCCUGAGGAGAAGAGAGAAUAG